AUGGCCACUACGGGCGUGCCUAUCACGCCUGCUCCAGUGGCCGCGGCACCUCCACCGUUGGCCCUCGCACCGGCGCCCUCUUUAGCCUCCAAGGCACCAUCGGCAGCACCCUCACCGGGACCGGCCACUCCAGGCUCGGUGACUUCCAAAGAAUGGGUGAUUCCACCCCGUCCCAAACCAGGCCGGAAGCCUGCCACGGACACGCCGCCCACCAAGCGUAAAGCCCAGAACCGGGCGGCUCAGAGGGCGUUCCGCGAACGCCGCGCUGCCCGUGUCUGCGAACUCGAGGAGCAGAUCAAAGAUAUCGAAGAUAGCCAUGAUAAUCGUGUGGCCGGAUUGAAUGAGCAGAUUGACAAUCUGUCGCGAGAGGUGGAACAGUGCCGCGAGGAGAUGAAUUGGUGGCGAGAUCGAUCCCAUGCUUUGGAGAAGGAAGUAUCCGUCGAACGAAGCGCCAAAGAGGCUCUCGUGAGAGAAUUUCGCUCCUCCCUCACCGGCCCCAAUGCCGGGAAAUCCUCCACCAUACCAGACUCUGUGCCUUUACCGCCGCGAACCCGCCCUUCGACGCGGAGCUCUCGCAUGGAAGACGUGCAGCCGACUAGCCCAGACCACCCAGACCACAGCAGGAAAGAAGGACAUGAGAACGUCCCGUUGGGAUGCAGCAACUGCUCGUCGACCCACUGCCAGUGCAUUGAAGAUGCCUUUGCCAUGCCGGUUGACUCGCACGAGUCCUCUCACUCGAAGCACCCCCCUCACGGUGUGGGCAGUGCCAACACCGAGCCCGACAUUAAGCCGGACCCGGAGGAGAUGGAGAUUGAUUUUACGUCUCGCUUUGCCGCUCCUCCUGCUCAACCAGCCUUAGGGUCUAACACCGCCAAUUCCAAUUCCAACUCCAACAAUAACAACAACGCAUCUUCGCCGCCCGUCGACCCCUGCGGGUUCUGCCAGGACGGCACGCCAUGCAUUUGCGCCGAAAUGGCCGCACAGGAACAGUCCCGCGGCCAGCGCAACUCCUUCGAGAACCCGCGUCUCGCACCCAUCCAGUCUCUCUCCCAAUUUACACCUCCCCCAUCCGACGGUGACGUCCGCUCCGAAGUCACCCUCCCACCAAUCAGCCAAGCGACCAACCCCUGCGCCAACGGCCCCGGCACCUGCGCCCAGUGCCUCGCCGAUCCGCGCAGCACCCUUUUUUGCAAAACGCUGGCAGCCUCCCGCAAUGCCCCGGCCACCACGACCACCAACCGUAACAACCCCGGGCCUGUACCUGCGCUCUCUGCCGCCCCCAUGUCCGCCUCGCCGUCCCUGACCCUAACCUGUGCGGACACAUUCACCACUCUUUCUCGGCACCCGAACUUCUCGCGUGCGAGCGAUGACAUUUCCACCUGGCUGCCUAAGCUGAAUACCCUUCCUAACCCGCGAGACCUUCCCGUUGUACCAGAUGGUCGCAAUCGUGCUGCGAUGGAGGUCGAGGCUGCUAGCGUGAUGGGUGUGCUACGCUACUUUGACCGGCGAUUUGCUGAGAAAUAG